AUGAUAUUGAACUGUGUUGGGAUCCUGGCAACGAUUGGUGUUAUUGUGACACUGGCCUUGUACUCUGAGACGCCCAUCGUGCGAGCAACUGGUCGCGAACUAACCUACCUGCUACUGUCCGGUUGUCUUCUCUGUUAUUUAUCCUCUCUCCUGCUGCUCAUUGAACCGAAUCCGGCAGCUUGCGGUAUUCAGCGAGUUGGCAUUGGACUGGGAUUUGCUAUCAUGUACGCCUCCCUUUUGACCAAAACCAACCGACUGGCUCGCAUAUUUGACGCCGCAAAAAGGACAGCCAAGCGACCAGCCUUCAUUUCUCCGCGUUCACAGUUGGCCAUCGCUGGUGGUCUCAUUGGCCUUCAGUUUGCCCUGUCAGCUAUUUGGUUGGGAUUUGACCCCCCGGCCACUCGUAUCGAUCCGCUUCAGUCCAACUUCCUUGUGCUGCGAUGCGCCAUCAAGGACAGCAGUAUGAUGACUUCUCUAGCCUAUAUAAUGCUUUUGAUCGUCGUCUGCACAAUCUACGCUGUGAAAACACGUUGCAUUCCAGAGAAUUUUAAUGAAUCGAAGUUCAUCGGAUUCGCCAUGUAUACAACCUGCAUAAUUUGGUUGGCAUUUGUACCCAUCUACUUUGCGACCAUGAGUAAUUUUGAGGUAAGCAUACGAUAUGCCGAUGUUCUCUGUGGAUGUUUGGGCGAAGUAGGUAAAUGUGUAUUUAUAUUUUAA